CUGUGCAACCAAUGAACGUAUGGAAGGUCAUUGCGGCCGUCAUGUGACCUGCCGGCUGUCUGAUAGGGUCAUGCUCCGUGACGCGGUGGCCGUUGCCAGGGGCGGUCCUAGAGACUGUAGCCCUGGUGGACUGGCUCGUACUCGGGGUACCAGGGAGCGCGCAGACUUGGGGCUCAUGUUCCGGUAAAAUUCAAAGAGCUCCGUCCGGUGCCCCCGGCGGGAGGAGGAGGCGGCUCCGGUCAGCAGCCUAAGAUGUCAAGGGUGUAGAAUAAAUGGCUUCCAAAGUGACCGAUGCAAUAGUUUGGUACCAGAAAAAGAUUGGAGCUUAUGACCAGCAAAUAUGGGAGAAAUCUGUGGAACAAAGAGAAAUCAAGUUCAUUAGAUUGGGUUUAAGAAACAAGCCAAAGAAAACUGGGCAUGUCAAGCCAGACCUCAUUGAUGUGGAUCUCGUGAGAGGGUCUGCUUUUGCAAAAGCAAAACCGGAAAGUCCAUGGACAUCGCUUACAAGAAAAGGAAUAGUUCGUGUAGUUUUUUUUCCGUUUUUCUUUCGAUGGUGGCUUCAAGUAACGUCAAAGGUCAUUUUCUCUUGGCUGUUUCUACUUUAUCUCCUUCAAGUUGCCUCAGUAGUAUUAUUCAUCCUAUCACCUGGACCUCACUCUGUACCAUUAACUGAAGUUAUUGGACCAAUAUGGUUAAUGCUGUUACUUGGAACAGUUCAUUGUCAGAUCGUAUCAACAAGGACGGUUAAAUCACCUCCAGUCCUAGGUGGAAAAAGAAGAAGGAAAUUAAGAAAAGCAGCACAUUUGGAAGUACAUAGGGAAGGCGAUGGCUCUAGCACCACAGAUAAUACACAAGAAGGGACUUUGCAGAACUACGGUACAAGCACCUCUCACAGUAUUGGCGCAGUCUUCAGAGAUAUCUGGCAUGCCGCUUUCUUUUUAUCAGGUUCAAAGAAAUCAAAAAACUCCAUCGACAAAUCUACAGAAACUGACAAUGGUUACGUGUCUUUAGAGGGGAGGUUAACGGGUAAAAGCAGUGAGGAUGGGGUUCAAGUGCAUGAGCCCCAAAGUGAAACAAUCCACUCUGAAGAGACGACGUGGACGGCAGUUACAAACAGGACAAAUCAGACUCAAACCAAGACAAUGUACAAUAAAACCAAAAUGGAUGUGCAGAGGUCCCCUGCUAACCUCUCCGAUGAGGUCUCCAGUGAAGAUGACCCAAGUACAGGAUACAUGGCGCGGCGGAGUUUGGACCGGCCUCAUGGAGACAGCAUGCUUAGGAACAGAAAACCUCACCAUUAUAAAAAGCCUUAUACUACUGAGGACAUUCAAAAAUCAGGAACCAGUUGUAGCUCUCGCUGCUCAAGUUCUCGACAGGACUCCGAAAGCACCCGGCCAGAAUCCGAAACAGAGGAUGUUCUCUGGGAAGACCUUCUGCACUGUGCAGAGUGUCGCUCUUCCUGCAGCAGUGAGACUGAUGCGGACACUAAUCAUGGAAACUUGUGCAUAAAGAGGGAAUUCAGAGAUGAUCCAUUUCACCAGAGUAAUUUACCCUGGCUGCACAGCUCUAAUCCAGGGCUUGAGAAAGUCAGCGCUAUAGUGUGGGAGGGCAAUGACUGCAAGAAAGCAGACAUGUCUGUUUUGGAGAUUAGUGGAAUGAUCAUGAACAGGGUGAACAGCUACACACCAGGAAUUGGAUAUCAGAUGUUCGGAAACUUUAUCUCUCUUAUUCUUGGAUUGACUCCAUUUGCCUUUAGACUAUCUGAAUCCCGAGACUUAGAGCAGCUGGCGACGCUUUCUGCUGCUGAAAUUUACAACAUUGCCUUUGGUUCCAGCACAGACAUCAUGGUCGUUUCCAUGGUGGUUAUUAGUUUUGUGGUCCGUGUUUCUCUGGUCUGGAUUUUCUUUUUCUUGUUAUGUGUAGCAGAGAGAACAUACAAACAGAGAUUACUGUUUGCAAAAUUAUUUGGUCAUUUAACUAGCGCCAGAAGAGCUAGAAAAUCUGAAGUUCCACAUUUCCGUCUAAAGAAGGUCCAAAAUAUAAAAAUGUGGCUCUCUCUUCGUUCCUAUCUAAAGCGGAGAGGCCCCCAGCGUUCAGUAGAUGUGAUAGUUUCAUCAGCUUUCUUGCUGACUAUAUCGGCGGUGUUCAUUUGCUGUGCACAGCUUCUUCAUAUUCAUGAGACCUUUCUAGGGUGUCACUACAACUGGGAACUAGUAAUUUGGUGCAUUUCAUUAAGUCUCUUUUUAUUGAGAUUUGUUACACUUGGAUCAGAAACCAGCAAAAAAUAUAGCAAUACCUCAAUAUUGUUGACAGAACAGAUUAAUUUGUACUUGAAAAUGGAGAAGAAACCAAACAAGAAAGAGGAGCUGACACUUGUCAACAAUGUGCUAAAACUAGCUACUAAGUUGUUAAAAGAAUUGGACAAUCCCUUUAGGUUAUACGGUCUGACAAUGAAUCCUCUGCUAUACAAUAUCACCCAGGUGGUUAUUCUAUCUGCUGUUUCUGGUGUUAUUAGUGAUCUGCUGGGAUUUAAUCUCAAGUUAUGGAAGAUCAAAUCAUGACGCUGAACAGUGGGAUGUUUCCACCCGUUCUCUGGAGCACGAUUACUGACUUUCUGGCAUUAAAUAAGCUGCCUCACGAUGGUUACUGUGCUUGUGUCCAGAAGCCGAGGCCUCGUGGGAAGACGUGAUUCUGAAAACUGAAGUGUUUACGUCUGACUGACUUGUGCAAUUCCUUUAUUUAUUUUACCUUGUCAGUGUUUGAUGUUUUUUAUGUUUCUGUUAUCUUGGCCUUUACCAGCCUAUGGUGUUAGACAAUGCUCCUACACUUCAAGGUAAGGCAACCAGCACCUCUCUGGAGAACCAGAGUUUGACGCAUGUUUAAUUGUUGUGAGGGUAUUGCACUCAAGGCAGUGUGAAAAUCCAGUGCCAGGAAUAUAUUCGGGGAAAAUAUGACAGAACUGGACAUUCAGAAGUUGUCAUCUAUUGAGGAAUGAAGCCUCCAUAUUUCAUUGUUCCUCAGUUUUGCCAACUGAAAAGUUCAAGAAGCAUGAGCAGUUUUCCCAGGAUUUGAUGAGCUAAUUGAUCUAAUUUACAGAUCUAAAAGCUAAUCGGCUUUCUUGGAAUUUGAGAUUUACGACUGAAUGGAUUUCAACCGCCGUUAUAUUUUUUGGGGUAUUACUUUUGAUCAGGUUAAUUCAUUCUUAAUUAAUAUUUGUCAUUUUGUUUUGUCAACCAAAACUUGAAGAGGGGUGUGAGGGGGCGCUAUCACUGUUUGUUUUCAUCUUCAUUUAUAUAGCUCAUGAUAUAUCCCCUAUAUAGAAAGUGUCACUGCCAGUUUAGAUGAGUAUUUCUUGAGUUGUUUCACAACAUGAAAUAUCUUGAAGGGCUUUUCCAACUUCAGUGUGUUUAAAAUUACACCUGCCACCCACCUAGCAGGACCUGUUAAGGAAAGUGUACUUGUUCCCUGACUCUUCAUGUGUCCCGGGCUGUCUUCACUGAACUUCAGUUCCCAGAGGUGCACUUCCUGAACAGACUGUGUCAGGUGCACUGCUGCAGCCAGUGACUGAUCACAAUGGUGAUGUGCCCUCAAGCAGCACGUGACUUAACAGUGACAUACUGAUUAGGGACAUGUCACUGCUGCAGCCAGUCAUCGGCUUCAGCAGUGGACCUGACCUAUUCUGUGCAGGAGGUUUACCUGCAGAGACCAGAAGUCUGGAGAAGACAGCCCAGGACCCAUAAAGCCAGAACUGAGCGUUGUUGAGCAGGUAUGUCCCUUGACAGGUCUCACAAGGUGGGAGGUUAAUUUAAAGAACAUAUUGAUGUUGAAACACCCCUUUAAAUGCUUGACAUUUUUACUAUGUAAGUGCAGAAACCUGACCUAUUUAAUUUUCACAUUAAGGAAAAUAUAAAGGCAUCAAAUAGAACAAAUGCACAUUUAUAAUGUAAGAACAUUGUGAGAUGAUCAUAUCUUUCUAAUCACAACUGAUAUCAAAGGUGACCUCUUUUUAAAAAAAAAUUGGUUAAAAAAGUUUGAAGUAUCAGUAUAUUGCAAUUUAUUGCUGUGUAUUUUGUCCGAAGUGAAAUGAUCAAAACUGUGUUAUUCUGUUGGUGUAGGAUAGUGAGCAAAGGCUCUGGCCACACUUGUGUUAUAUUGUUUCCUUCAGUGGUUCCCGUAUUUUUAAGAUUACUAUAUUCUUCAGCAAUACUCUUGCUGUUAAAUACCGGAACUCUGAAACCUGAUGGACACGAUCCUAAAUCAGUGGGAUAUGCUCUUAUUCAUUAGAAUCCAUUAGGUAAUUAAAGAAGCACUCCCAUAAAAAGUUUUAUAG